AUGCACGGCGCUCAGAAGGAGCAUUGCGUUGCAGAGAGGGCGACCGAGGAGCUCGAGCAGCGCAAGCAGCGACAGCACGCGGUCGAUCUUCCGCUGCGCGCUCUUCCUCCAGGCUGCACGCAGAAGCUACGGCUCUCGAAGGCCUUCCAGUGGCUCUCUCGGACCGUCGAACUGCUCGCCGCCACCGCCCUCGAGCGCGCCGCCUCCACGACGUCGCAGCAGGGCGCCACGGCGUCGGAGGACGUGGCGUCCGAGCUGGAGAGGAUAAGCACGAUGUCCCGCGGGAUCCUUGCCGAGGCCGACCUCGCAGCGGAGGCACGGGGCCUGCUGCAGUCGGCCGAGUCCCUGACCGAGCUGCGUGGGCGCAUGAGAGACUUGGAGGACUUGGACCGAGCGUCAUGGGAUGGGGCGAAGCGGUCCAAGGAGGACGGGGAAAAGAUGUUGGAGUCACGCCUGGGCGAUCUGGAGCGUGUUUUGAGCGAGCUGGCCUACAGGGAGAUCCUGGCGAAAGUCUCCCCCGCGAGGCUAGGCGAAAGGUGGAGCCCCCUGGAGAAGAAGAUCGAGUUCUGCGCCGUCGAGGAGCUGAGGCAGAGCGCGCCGCGGUCGAGCGUUCAGGAGCGUGUGUGCACCGCGUUUCAGUUGGCCGCCGUGCUGCCGGACGCCGCGGAGAGGAUCGGUCGAGAGUUGGACAGGGCGCCGGGCCUCCCAGCCUUCGUCUCCGACCGCACCGAGAUCAGGAAAAGGAUGAUCACAGAAUUGGACUGCUGCAGAAACAUGGAGGAGUUACUCGGCAGGAUGAGGGGCCACCUCGGCGUCUGA